AUGUUUCAACUAGAUCUCCUUCACCAUGUUAAUAAGCGUCCUAACCGAGGAGAUUCACCCAAAUCUAAAAAUGGUUUAAAGAAACAAAAAACUAUUUUGCCCUCUGUUUCAGGCACAAAAUGUGAUAAAAACAUUGACGAACAAUAUUUUUUUCGUAAUUGUAGCAGUGAAACUAAAACAAACAUAGCAAGUUGGCUACAAUGGAGAUUAGAUAUAAAUAGUGAAAUAAAAAAGGAAUAUAUAUACAGUACUUAUUUACUUCAAACAAAUUGUGCUUACAUCAAAACUAAAGAUUGUGGAAAAACAAACAACGGUUUAGCGUUUUCUAUAGAAAAGGCGAAAAAGAAUGAAAAUGACAUCAUAGAUGUUAAUAUAUGUGAAAAUAUCAAUACACUCAAUAAGAGUCUUGAUGAAGAAAUAAAUAGUGUGUAUGGUGAUGAAGCAUUAUUGAUAAAAGAGAUGCGUAAUAAUAUUGAAGACAUUAAUAUCAAUGAAUUAAAAUAUGACAACCCUUUGGCAUCAGGAAUAAUCACAUCCUUUUCUUCUAUAAUUGGAAAAUUACCAAUGAAUUUACGUGUGCUAUUUGAAAAGGAUAGUCAAAUCAAUACUACAGAAAGAUCCAAUUUUCAAAAACUUUGUGAUGAAGUCGUAGACAAGCAUCUAAUAUACCAGAAAGAAAAAAAGUCAACACAUUUACUAAAGUUACAACCUUUUGCUGAUGGGUGGUCUGAAACCAUGGAAAAACAUGAGGAAAUCAUUACUGGGAUUUUAAGGGUCAUAUCAUGGGCGUGGAGACAACACAAGUAUAAAAUGGAAAAUGUUAACGGAGAUAAUAUUAGUGAAAAUUCAUAUGUAGCUGAUAUAGUGUCACCAUUGAUUAAUGCAACACUCGAUGACCUACCAACUUAUAUGAUGGUUUCCGUGGAUGUUUUUGGCGAUAUAAUAGAAUUCACUCAUCUUGAAACUAGCAGACCAAUUUCGACAAUAAAAAAGAAUUACGAUGAUAGGAACAAGCUGGCCCGUUUGAACAAGGAUGGGCUUGAUUAUUGUGCAAAGAAACAUCCAAUAUUUGAAGCAAGAAGAACACAUUCUUAUUACAAAUUUGUGAUGGUAGAUGAAGCAGAAAUACCAUUAUGCGUAGAUAUGGAAAACCAUACAAGUACCAGAAAAAUUUUGCAUAGACUUUUGGAUGUACUUCUGAAGUUGAGGGAACGAACCAUACGACUAUUAAAUGGACUAGCAGUUUAUGAACAACAAGGCCAGCCAGUUCAAUCAUAUCCACUACGUUUUAAAACAAUAUCUACUCCAUAA